CAUUUAAUACCUUAGUUGGAUUAAUUAUUACUUUCUAUAACCAUUUCUUCUUAAGCUGCCACGUCUCCAUCCUCAUAAACCAAAAAUGUCAACAAUGCCUAUCUCUAACUUCACUGUUCCUCUCUCGUCUGCCAUUGACGGUGUCUAGUUUUUUUCUAUCGGCCCUCUUUCUUCGUGUCAUUCAAUCUCUCUCUCUCUGUCACUGCCGUCGGUGACACUCGCUCCUGCCUCUGUCGUGAUGGCGAUGCCGAUUACUCCUAUCUUCGUCACUUGAUUCCUCUCCGUCGUCGUCAUGGGCUUCGUCCUCGUACACUGUUAACGUCUUUCUGUUUUCCUCUGUGAUUUCUUGAACGCUGCUGCUCGGAAAUGAAACAAGUUAAAACCCCACUUGAAACUCCUAGUCUUUCUGAAGACCCACUUUCCAAAGCCUCUCAUGUUAAAGGUUCUCAAGAAAAUGGAAUUAAGGUUUCUCCAAAUGGGAAGGAAGUUGAUUCUAAUGUUAAUGAUUUAGCUGGUAAAAAAAAUGGGACUGUUCAUUUGGAUGAUAGGGGUGAGGAAAUGAGUCUUGAAGACUUCGAAGUUAAUAAUGGGGCGUCUUCUUUACUGGAGAUGCAUGGGAGUAAGGGUUCACAUGGGUUAGAUUCUAUUUUAGAUGUUAUACAACUAGAUCAAAAUUUGGGUGUUGAAUUAUAUUCUAGAGAUGUAUCGGAAAUGUAUCCGAGAUGUAUGUGAUAUGUU